AUGGAUAAGGUCUUUGAGCCGCGUCCAGAGAUGAUUAAAGAAGGCAAAACAGAACUAUCCACGGUCAUAGAAGACAAGGAAGACUCAGCUAAAAACGAAAGCGAUGCAAGCAAGAUGUCGCUGGUUGCAGAGCUAAAACAAAAGGACUCCUUCCCCGGUAAACCACUCCGUGCCAUCCCAUCCUCCAAGGGCAGAUACCAACCAAUUGGAGCAGAGGAUAAGAGUCUUAGACCAAUCGGAGCAGAUGAUGAUGAUGAUGCUGAUAGUGAACUUCCAAGAGAAAUCAACCAAGAAGUGAAAGAUCCAACUGGAGAUUUUACUACAAAGGAGAAGACGACAAUUCUUGACCUGGACAAAGCAACAAAACAGUACAGGUACCCAUGCCUUUUUAUGUUUAAAUUAACUCAGAAUCCUGAGACAUCUGCAUCUGCAUCAACGGAACAAUCUGGUGCUGAACCCAAUAUGACGGCCGAUGGCAGUGUAAAAAGAGACUCACUUGUUGCCACAAUAAACGUAGUCACCAACCUGAUGAAAUGGCAGCUCAAAUCAAAGAAACAAGCUGGAGUCAAAUUAAAAUCCAUGGAAAAGUACAAAGGUCACAUGGAGGUCAUUCAGCGGCGCAGUCGUCAAGAGCAAGUUGAGCUUCCAUAUCCUAUCAGGCUCAAUAUCAGGAGAGAGGUAUUGCCGAUCAUACACAACAUCGUCAAAGAUUACAAGCUUACCCUUGGUCCUAAUCACAAACUGACAAGAGAGGCAAUGGCUAAGGAGGCACAGCUUCAAUCCGAGCUGACAGAGGGAGAUGGAGUGGUGCUCUGAAGAUGCACUCUCUGGUUAUGUCUUAAAUCACUUGCAGCGGACUACAUUAUGAAGGCUUGAGUUGGAACAGAGCUUUAAGUUGCUGUCAAAAAUUGCCUGAGCCAAUGUGUUUAUAUUGGCUCAAGCAGUUGGUCACAACUACCCACAAAUAGAAACAUUGGGAUACACUUACACUACCCCAAUUCUGAGAUAAUUUGGGAUAAACUUCCCCUAAAAAUAAAUUGGGAUAACCUACCCAAACUGAGAUAAAUUGGGAUAAACUAUCCGAGACUGGGAUUAAUUGGGAUAAACUACCCAAGACUGGGAUAAAUUGGGACAAACUACCCAAGACUGGGAUAAAUUGGGAUAAACUACCCCAAACUUGGAUAAAUUGGGAUAAACUACCCAAGACUGAGAUAAAUUGGGAUAACCUACCCAAACUGAGAUAAAUUGGGAUAAACUACCCAAACUGAGAUAAAUUGGGAUAAACUACCCAAACUUAGAUAAAUUGGGAUAAACUACCCAAACUUAGAUAAAUUGGGAUAAACUACUCAAGACUGGGAUAAUUUGGGAUAAACAAUCACAAACUGUGAUAAACUUGGGUAUACUUUCAAAACUGGGAUAAAUGUUCAAACUUCCAAACUGGGAUAAAUUAUGAUGACCUUCCCAAACUGAGAUAAACUUUCAAAAACAGACAUUUUGGGAUAAUUUACCUCAGCUGUUAAAGAUAUUUUACCAUUAUUAAAAUCCUUACCCACUGCAGUCAGUGGCCUGCAGUGACAUGGCU